AGCGAGCCAGCGAGAGAGAGAGAGCGAGUCACAAAAAUUCGAAUUUUAAGCCGCCGUGUGAGACGGCGUAAUGGCUGGUGGAGCUAUCACUCCCGAUUCUCUCAUCGGUCUUAUUGCUGAAAUCAAUGAGAUUCCGGGGAAUUUUGGUUUGUUUAAGAAGGAUUGUUCCGAUCUCGCGCGACGAGUCGGUCUCCUGACGCAUUUGAUUGAGGAAAUCAGGGAUUCUUCUCCGCCGUCGGAAUCUGAUGCUUCUUCUUCGUUGAAUUCUCAUGAAUGUGAUUGGUGGUCUGAUCUUGUGGUGGGACUUCAAGCCGCGAAGCGUCUUUUGUCUUCAGCUACUAGUUUCCAAGCUCGCGAGUCCUCUGUAAGCAUUCUAAACCAUUCUCAACGAUUGAAAAUGGAUUUGUGAUUUCACGAAGAUUUGGUCUCGCCAUGGCAGGAACGUAAUUUAUAGGAAGAAUUUGUUUUUAGUUUUUUUAGAUUGGAAGAUACUAUUGUUGACAUUUGUGUAGUGAAGAGCAUUAUUAAUAUAUACAUGAGGAGCUCUCUAAACUUUGAUGUGUGAUUUUGAUUGAAGGAUGGGGCAGCCAAGAGGAUCUCAUUCCAGUUCCAAUGUGUUACAUGGAAGCUGGAGAAAGCAUUAGGUGAUUUGACAUAUGAUAGAUAUGAUAUCUCUGACGAAGUCCGUGAACAGGUGGAACUAGCAAGAUUACAGUUAAGAAGAGCAAUGCAGAGAUAUGGAUCGUUAAAUUCGAAGAAGUUCUCGAGUGGUUUAUCUGAGCCAAUGGAGAAAGAUGCCUCAAGUAAUAGAAAAGUUAUUGAAAAGUUGGAGAGUAUUCCAGAGACAGUGCAUUCUUUAUCAGAUGAGAAGAAAUUUGAAUCACCCCCUCCUUGGAAGAGCUCUUCAGUAUCAUUGGCCUUCUUUUUAUCAAAGGAUGGUGAUGAUGAGAGAUUAGAGAAAGCAGUUACCGAGAACAGCGAUGACUCACAGAAAUCGGAUAAUCUCACGAUUCCAGAGGACUUUCUUUGUCCAAUCUCUCUGGAACUGAUGAAGGAUCCUGCUAUUGUUUCCACAGGACAGACAUACGAGAGGUCGUUCAUUCAGAGAUGGAUAGACUGUGGAAAUCUGAGCUGCCCAAAGACACAGCAGAAACUUGAAAACUUUACUCUUACUCCAAACUAUGUCCUCAGAAGCCUGAUAUCUCAGUGGUGCACUAAGCACAACAUUGAGCAACCAGGUGGUUACAUGAACGGUAGGACCAAAAACAGUGAUGGGUCUUUCCGUGAUCUAAGUGGAGAUAUGUCAGCGAUCCGAGCAUUGGUUUGUAAACUCUCUAGCCAAUCAAUCGAAGACCGCAGGACUGCGGUUUCUGAAAUCCGCUCUCUGUCAAAAAGAAGCACAGACAACCGAAUUCUGAUUGCAGAGGCAGGAGCCAUCCCUGUUUUGGUCAAGCUUUUGACCUCAGAUGGUGACACUGAAACGCAGGAAAAUGCUGUCACUUGCAUUCUUAACCUCUCCAUAUACGAACACAACAAAGAACUGAUCAUGCUUGCAGGAGCAGUCACAUCUAUAGUGCUAGUCCUCCGAGCUGGAAGCAUGGAAGCUAGAGAAAACGCUGCAGCUACUCUCUUUAGUCUUUCGUUAGCUGAUGAGAACAAGAUCAUUAUAGGCGCAUCAGGUGCGAUAAUGGCCUUAGUGGAUCUGCUUCAAUAUGGAAGCGUCAGAGGGAAGAAAGACGCAGCUACGGCUCUGUUCAACUUGUGUAUUUACCAGGGAAACAAAGGCAGAGCAGUUAGAGCCGGUAUAGUAAAGCCAUUGGUGAAAAUGCUGACAGACUCCUCGAGCGAGAGGAUGGCUGAUGAAGCCUUGACCAUACUCUCGGUUCUAGCUAGUAACCAAGUCGCGAAAACUGCGAUUUUGAGAGCCAACGCAAUACCACCUUUGAUAGAUUGUCUCCAGAAGGAUCAACCGCGAAACCGAGAGAACGCAGCUGCGAUACUACUGUGUCUUUGCAAGAGAGAUACUGAAAAACUGAUCUCCAUUGGUAGACUUGGAGCUGUUGUUCCAUUGAUGGAACUAUCAAGAGACGGUACAGAGAGAGCUAAACGAAAAGCUAAUUCUUUACUAGAGCUUCUCCGUAAAUCAUCCCGAAAAUUAGGUUCACUCUAAAUAGCCCUUAACAUGAAUUAAUUUAGUUUUGCUGGCUAUUGAUCUGUUUAUUAUGUCCUGUAUCUUAUUGAGUUUUUGGAAGACUAAUUUAAUUUCCAUUUGAGGAGAAGGUGGAGUCAAAAGAGUUAACGAGAAUCGAACUCUUUGACUCAUCUUUGUAUUGAUUUGUUAAUUUUGUUAAAAAAAAUGUUUCAUAUGAUUUGAUAAAGGUCGUGUGUUGUUACUGUU